AUGCAAUUGACAGGGCUUCGUGCCCUGCUCCAUCCUGCUGUCGCCGCCGCCAGAUCCCAAGCCCGAUCCCGAAUCCUUUGUCGAUCAUUCAAAACAUCGUCGACUUGGAAAAAUACAGCAGGCGCAGGCGCAAACAAUGGCGAUAAACCUCCGAACCAGUCGACAGCGGUAGAAGAUGAAGAAAUACAACCACAAAAUGGGACCGACAACCUGCCCGGUCGCUCUCGAGUUCGAGCAUCAAGUUCUCUAAAAAGCAGAAUAGCUCGCAAACAGGCUGCUCCCGCACUACCUCCCGUCAAGCUGCCACAAUCGUUUCUCGACGACAACGUUACUCUUCACCAUGCCUGGACAAGACCGCAGCUCCCGAUUGCUCUUGCUGAAGAUGCCAAGCAACCCAAGACGUCCUCAAUCUUUAUCGAUCCUCAAGCUACCGACAAGAAUACCCGAGCCCCAGAAUCAAACAAGGCGCUCGAAGACUACUUCGAUACGACAUUCAGUGCCUUGGUUGAGAAAGUUGCAGAUCGCGCAAACGAAAUUACGGCCAUCGAGCCCAAUUCCUGCAAAACAGAUGAGCUUGUUCACAAGCUGACAAGCCUUACCCGUGCCUACGAUAUGUUACUCGAUUCAGCAUGGCACUUGACCGAUUCGUUAUACCCUGCCCGCCAUCCCGAAUACACAUAUACAUCACGGCCGUUCUGGUGGUGGCACUACUACAAGGACUUUGACCGACACACCCAAGAGUUCCGGGACCAGUUCUUGUCAGUUCAGACCGGCCUCGACAGCAUCCUUGAUUAUGACUGGAGACUUGACCACUCUCUAUCUCAAGCUAUUGCUGAUCUCCCUGUCCUCACGUUCUCCUCCGUCCGAUCCGCUCUCCGUCGCGAGUUGACGACACCACCACCUCCCGACUCGGAGUCCAAAAAUCUCAAGCGUCAGAUAACUGUCUUGUCUAUGUCGGGUUACAGCGGCCAAGCCAUAUCGACUGCUGUUGCGGACCAUGUCGCAUACUUCAACGAUGCCGAUUUGAUUAAGCUCAAUGCCCAAGAUUUGUCUGUGGUAGUGGGGGAUUAUCUUGAACAGGACUGGGCCUACUCGCGAGGAUCAUUGUCCCACAUGGGAUUCCGUGCUGCAGAAAUGAACGGAAAGCUCUACAAGGACCCUGACGUUGUGGCACGACCAGAAGAGGAGGAUAAUGACCCUGAUACGGGCGUGAUUAAUAUUCGUACAGCAUCAGGUGGACUCGAGGAAGAAUUGUCGAAGAUCAAACAGGGUAGCUACGAUCCUUUUGGGAAAUGGGAGAACCUCAAGAUCGAUAAAGUCCUGGCCCAGAUUUUAGAGGCUGCUGAGGUGAAGCAAGACCCCCCCCGUGAAAAGCCCCUUAUCAUUCAUAUCCAUGACUUUGUGGAAUUGAACAUGACCCUCGAGGGUUCGAUGUUGAUUACGCGGUUGAGAAACCUGGUGGAUGUGGCAUGGCGGCAAGGUUCCAAAAUAGCCAUCCUCGCAACCUCAUCGAGCGAGCAACCUUCCGAGGAGUAUCAGGGUAUGCUCCGAGAUAUAGCUACUAGCGAUUUCGUCAUCUCUCGACAUAUACAUCCUCAGCGCACUUUGAGCCAACCCAAGCCAUCUGGCGGGACGCAGACUUCAGAUAACCUCUUUCCCCUCCAAGAAACAGAUAUCUUCGUGGAGAAUGUUCAAAACAUCAACCGAAUGUUGAAAGCAUUGGGCAGCCAUCAGUUUCUUGACUUUUCCGAUGCGCACAUGAAAAUCUUUAUGCACGCCACCGACACUCGGGCCCAGAUGCUCAAGAAGUCAAUACUUCCUUUACCAGAGGUUUACAAUAUCGCGAGCGCAGCCAAGCGUCACGAAGAAGAGACAGCUGGUGCUGCGCCGGGAGGAGUAUAUGAGCGCCUCCUAAUGGGACCCUUACGACAAAAGCCUGGACAGCGGUACCUCGACGAGCCAGAGCAAGACGGCAAGUCAGAUGGGGAGGAUUCACAGAAGAAGGCAGAAGAUUCACAAUCAGGCAACCGAGCUGUUCUUAAGUUAAACGAGUACGAGAAGCGGAUAUCCUCCGGGCACAUCAACCGCCAAAAUUUGAGAACGACAUUUGAAGAUGUUCAUGUGCCUAAGGAAACCAUAACUGCGCUCAAGCUGCUUACGACCCUUGCUUUGGUGAGACCGGAUGCUUUCUCCUAUGGUGUACUGGCCCAGGACAAAAUUCCUGGAUGUCUACUGUACGGACCCCCUGGUACAGGUAAGACUUUACUUGCAAAGGCCGUCGCUAAAGAGAGUGGUGCAAACAUGCUUGAGAUCAGUGGUGCUACUAUCAACGACAAGUGGGUUGGCGAGAGUGAAAAGCUUAUUCGUGCUGUUUUCACUCUUGCGAAGAAGAUUUCUCCUUGCGUUGUCUUCAUCGACGAGGCCGACUCUCUGUUAGCCAACCGAAGCAUGCUUGGUGCUCGCGCAUCGCACCGCUCCCACAUCAACCAGUUCCUCAAAGAGUGGGAUGGUCUUGAAGAGACAGAAGCUUUCAUCAUGGUUGCAACAAAUCGUCCCUUUGAUCUUGACGAUGCUGUUCUCCGCCGCCUGCCUCGCCGUCUUCUCAUCGAUCUCCCUAUGCAGCCUGACCGCACUGCCAUUCUCAAUAUUCUUCUCAAGGGCGAAACUCUCGAACCUACCGUGUCGCUCGAAGACCUCGCCAAGCGUACUCCCUACUACUCAGGAUCUGACCUGAAGAACGCUUGUGUCGCCGCUGCUAUGGCCGCUGUUGAGGAAGAAAACGAGGCUGCCGCACGACACACCGGCCCUGAGCCUUACGAGUACCCUAAGAAGCGUAUAUUACGCCAGGAUCACUUUGACAAGGCGCUGCGCCAGAUCCCGGCCAGCAUCAGUGAGGAUAUGCAGUCACUUAAGCAGAUCCGCAAAUUCGACGAGGAAUACGGAGCGAAGAAGAAGGGCGCAAAGAAGAUGAUGGGGUUUGGUGUAGGCGCGGAGAAGAAGCUCGCUGAUGCUGAUGAGGUCCGCAUACGCCGCGGUCCAUGA